AUGGGAAAUAGAAGGACAUUGUUGCUUCUAGUACUUGUAGUUUUCUCAACACUAGUAGCUUUUGUUUGUGGCUAUGAAUAUGAAGGGCGAAAGAGAGAAAAAGAAAGCGAGCCAAGGACACAAGGAGAGAAAUGGUUCUUGUUGCGUCAGUUUCAUAAUGUUGUGAAAACUGAUGCUGGGUCUAUGAGAAUGGUGAAGGGUGGGUAUCGAGCGGGUUCAUUUCUCCAUAGUCCAAUGCAUAUUGGUUUCAUCUCCAUGGAACCCAAUAGCCUCUUCAUCCCUCAGUACCUCGAUUCUGAUAUUGUCCUCUUUGUUCACCAUGGGGAAGCAAGAGUUGGACACAUCUAUAGGGAUGAAUUAGCGGAAAGGAGUUUAAAGCAGGGCGACGUGUACACGAUUCCUGCUGGAUCAACUUUCUAUUUGGAGAAUAGAGUUAAAAAUGAGAGACUUCACAUUAUUUGCAGCAUUGAUAUUACCUCAGGAUCCAUGGGAUGGCAUGCUUUCCAGUCUUUCUUCAUUGGUGGUGGAAUUCAUCCUGCAUCAGUUCUUGCUGGAUUCGAUCAUACCACAUUAUCAACUGCUCUUAAUGUCUCUACAUCAGAAUUGAAAACGUUCUUGACCAGGCAAUCUUCCGGGCCAAUAGUGCAUUUAUCUGGUUCUCAUAACAUAAACACUUGGUCCAAAUUCAUGGACCUAGAACCCCACCAGAGACUAGCUCACUUGAAGAGGAUUGUGAAUUUCGAGGAAGAAGCUAGCUCCAAACAGGAGGAAUCAACAUGGUCAUUGAGGAAAAUUCUGUUUACUUUAUUAAACAGAGAAGAGGUUGUCAAGAGAAUGGGUCACAGAGCUCCAUCAGCGUGCAAUCUCUACAACAGGAAUCCCCAUUUCCAGAACGACUACGGAUGGACCAAGAAGUUGGAUGAGUCUGAUUAUUCUCCUCUAAAACAAACUGGCCAUGGAGUUUAUCUUGUCAAUCUAUCUCCGGGAUCCCUGAUGGCACCUCAUGUGAAUCCAACAGCAAUAGAGUAUGGAAUAGUGUUGAAAGGGACUGGAAGGAUCCAAAUUGUGUAUCCGAAUGGGACUUUAGCGAUGAAUGCAAGAGUAAGAGAAGGGGACGUUUUUUGGGUUCCAAGGUACUUCCCCUUCUGCCAAAUUGCUUCAGCGAAUGGACCAUUUGAGUUCUUUGGCUUCACUACAUCAGCAAGGAGGAACCAUCCACAGUUCUUGGCGGGUAAGAACUCAUUGAUGCAAAGCUUGAGAGGGCCAGAAUUUGCAGCUGCAUUUGGAAUUGGUGAAAAAAGGCUUAAGAGGAUUGCCAAUGCUCAACAUGAACAAAUCAUUUUGCCAUCAUGA